AUGAAUCGUUACUAUUCAGAUUCGGACGACGAAUACCCCAAUCAGCGUCGAAGGUCUGAUAGUGCCAUGAAAACUGACUGGCAGUCAUCGUCAGGAAAAAAACUUUCUCCCACAUCAUCGUCUUCGUCUGUAACUCGAAUCGUCGUUGAAUCUCCAUUUGGUUCGAAAAAAUGUGAUUAUUCUAUUGAUAAAUCCCAACGUGGCAUAUUAAUUGUCAACGCACGUCGUCGGUCAAGCUUACCAUCGGAUCAACGUCCAUCAACAAAUAAAAAACAAGUUGCUGUACAGAAGUUCACUGUUCCACACGAUGCCGAUGUCGAUCGUUUACAAUCUCAUGUUGAGCCAGACACGAAUCGCUUGAUUAUUGAAAUCCCUCGCAUUCAACGUUCGAGUUCGCGUGCUCAACAGCGUGCAUCUUAUAUAAGUACGACGAGCAAUACGAAUACUCGUCUGUUACGUUCACCCGACGUCGAACGAAUGUUAACAUCACCUACCGGUGGUCCACAAUUAAUCCUUGAUGAUUCGAAAUCGAACAAGCGCAAUUCCAAUGGAAGUCGUAAACUUGAAUAUCGAAUUGAUUGUCAUGGUUACUUUGCCGAUGAGUUAGAAGUGUUCAUCCAAGGUCGAGACUUGGUUGUGCAAGGAAAAACUAACACAUCGAAAUCCGCUGAUCCGACUGAACAACGUGUAUCGAAAAAGUUCACGAGAAAAAUCGCUCUACCAAGUUCCGUUGAUCUCCCCAAAGUUGUUUCCUAUUUAGAGCACGGAGAACUACGUAUUGAAGCACCAAUUAAACGUGGAGUUCAUCAUAGUGAUGAAGAAAUUAUCUUACCUGGACCGCCACCGACAUCCAUAUCUGAUCGUGCAAGAGCUUCAAUCAUAACAAAUCUGGAAAAUCGUGCUCUUUCGCCGACUGUUUAUAGUCGACCUCAUUAUCGACGCAAUGAACGCGUUGGUCGUCGUCGAGAUUAUGAUCGAUCAAAUAAUCGGCCUGUGUCAAGUCCUACACGACGCGUACGAUCUAGCGAAGGUCUUCGUUAUCCUCUUUAUGUAUCGCCUCGUGAACUUGACGACGACGAUGAUGAAGAUGAUAGUAAACGAAGAAAACGAGAAAGUCGACAUCGACGGUCAUCAGUCGAUCAUCAAUACCGAAAAGAGUCCGAACAACGACAACAAUCGCCAUAUAGAUUAAACUAUUCUCCUAUCAAUAAUCAUACUACAACUACAACAACUGUAACUCAUCAUCAGAACUAUCCAUCCGAUGAUGAUAGCUAUUUGAAAUUUUGA